CUGUUCUCAUUUAUACGGCUAUGAUGGGUGCAGAUAAUGUAACCAGUAUUGGAUGACAGACGCUCUCUACCCGAUGAGACUCUUGCAGCGAUCUGAAAUCUACUCGCUACUGCCUUACGCCUAUUAAUGCGUAUGAGAUGCAGCGUGAAUUUGCGAAGAUGCGCUGCUCGGGGGCAGGCGGCUUGCAAGCAAGUCUUGGGCCAUGCUCGACAACGUCGUCCUCGGCGUUAGGCAGCAACUCAUCAUGGGUGCUUACUCAAUACAGCACACCCAUGCCACCCCAUCGUCGGCCGCGGUUCCUCGCUGUCGUGAAAGCAAUCGGGCCAGCAAGCGCACACCCAUUCGUGGAUUCGGCAUUAAGCAGCCCUCAAGUAGCGGUCUGUCCGAACAGGGCCUCGCUGUGUAGGCAAGCAGUAUAUCAACCUAAUCCAAACAAACUGCAUAUGGUAUCUCCGUGUACGGCAGGAUCGACGGCCCAGCCUGUUGUCGUUUCUUGCGACCCAGACCUCGAAACAGCCGUUGACGAUGCGCCUUCGGUGGAUCUCAUCCAACAGCUAGCGCAGCGCCGUACGGCUGGCAGCGAGGAGGCCGCGGAGAGCUGCGGCUCCAGCCAGACAUGGGAUCCUCCGUCUUCACUGCCUACUCCCGUUGAAGACGGAGGUCCAACACCAGGCCCGGCUGCCACGCUACUUCCGCCCGAUGUACGGCACCCCGGCAGUCAUGGAAUUCGGGAGCAGCAAAGCUGCCAGGGGAUGACUCAGCAGCCCCCUCAGCAGCCCCCUCAGCAGCCGCCCCAACAGCAGGGAGUACGGCAGGAGCAGCAGGCGGAGCGGCAUUGGCAGGCGGAACAGCAGCGUGAGUUGCAGGAGCAGCAGCAGCAGGAGCAGAGACGGCAGUGGCUCUGGGAGCGGCAGCAGCAGCAGCAGGAUAAGGCCUUGCUGGUUGGUAUGCUCCGAAGCCGCUCCUGGAGGGAGUUGCGGGAGCUGAUGAAGUGGCGUGAGCAGCGGCAUCUGGAGCAGGCGAGGGGGCGGCUGGUCGCAACCUCCGGUCCUGGUACCGGCAUUGCUGCUCCUGCCGCUACUGAGAGUGCUGCUACAGCUGUAACUGGGGUUGCUGGCGUAACCCAGGACGCCGCCACUGCCGCCGCUUCAGCGGUAGCUGGCAUGCCCACAACCGCUGUAGGUACCGAAGGAGCCGGCAGCCCGGCGGUGGCGGACGUUUCCAACGACGGCAAUCUCUCGGGCGCCGCUGCAGAGCAAGCAAACCACUUGCCCCUGAGGCAGCAACAACAGAGUCAGCAACCGCAACAAUCACAGCAACCGCAACCGCAACCUUAUCCAUCGCAGCAUCCCCAGCAGCCCCACAGCAGUAACACCCCGCAGCCCUCCACCCCUGCUGCCGCUGCUACACCCCCUGCAACAGCUUCCUUCAGCGCGCGGCACCUCGCCACGGCGCUGCUCGUGCUGUCCAACGUAGUGGUUUCGGAGCCGCGUGAUCUGGGUCCCUCAGAGCGCAUGCAGCUCUCGGACUUUGUACGGG